ACAAUUAUGGGUCUGAGUCAUGAAGAUCCAAACUUAGAAGCAAUCUAUUCUUAGUAAAUCACAAACAAACAAAAACCUUCGGUUUCAUUAGUUCGUUUCACCAAACAAAUUAAGGUCAUCAAAUUUUCUCUUGAGAACAAUUCAGAGUUCUUAAAUCUCCAGAUGACAAUCAAAAACCUGAGGCCAAGCCUGUGGGUUUUGUUCAUACCUCGUUCAGACCGAUAAAGAUUUCAAGAAACAACACAACGUACGAGAAAUGUUUAAUCAAUCCAGCUCUGUCUCGUUAAUCUACGUAGUUGAAAUCGCCAAAACACCACAAAACGUAGACGUCACUUGGUCUAAAACCACCUCCUCACAUUCUUUAACCAUCAAAAUCGAGAACGUCAAAGACGAGCAACAGAAUCAUCAUCAACCGGUGAAGAUAGAUCUUUCAGGUUCUUCGUUUUGGGCCAAAAAGGGUCUCAAGAGCUUAGAAGCUAACGGAACUAGAGUCGACGUAUACUGGGAUUUUCGUCAAGCCAAAUUCUCGAACUUCCCUGAACCUUCCUCUGGCUUCUACGUCUCUCUCGUAUCCCAAAACGCAACCGUUUUAACGAUCGGGGAUUUAAGGAACGAAGCUUUAAAGAGGACGAAGAAGAACCCUUCAGCUACAGAAGCUGCCUUGGUCUCCAAGCAAGAACACGUCCACGGGAAACGCGUUUUCUACACGCGGACGGCGUUUGGCGGUGGGGAGUCGAGGCGGGAGAAUGAGGUGGUGAUCGAAACAUCUCUGUCGGGUCCUAGCGAUCCAGAGAUGUGGAUCACGGUGGACGGUGUGCCGGCGAUUAGGAUCAUGAAUUUGAAUUGGAGAUUUAGAGGGAAUGAGGUUGUGACUGUGAGUGAUGGUGUUUCUUUGGAGAUCUUUUGGGACGUUCAUGAUUGGCUGUUUGAACCCUCUGGUUCGUCUAGUGGGUUGUUUGUUUUCAAGCCUAAAGCUGGAUUUGAAUCUAAAUGUCUUAGUUUUAAUGGUGGCUAUGGUGAUGGUGAAGGUGAGGAUCAUGAUGUGGAAGAUGACGAUUCGUCGCCCAAGUAUUGUCAUGUCCUAUAUGCCGUCAAAGAACUAGAAUUUCCAUGUCAAAAAAAUUAGUUUUGUCAGGUAGUUAAUUAUUUAGCAUAACCUUUGUAUUUUUCCUUAAUUUCAUAUUGUAAUAUCUGUGAUGGAUAUGUUUCUGGUUAGCGCAACCAGCGGUAAUUGAUAAUUUGUCAUGCAUGUGACAAAACGUGAAUUCGGUUUUUCUUGAAUUGAAAAUAUUGAAUUUUGAUGCGUUUUG